AUGGUGAUUGUUCUUUAUGAAGAGUAUGGAGGAAGUCUUAACACAUGCAGGAUGUCUACGAGCCGACCACAAAUGUCUUUCGCACAUGCGACUUCCCCAAGCUCAUUCCCUUCGCAUCGAUUGCCUCUGGAUAGUCAUCUCAGGUCUCGUUACGGUCCGCGGCACAUCUUGGCCACUUCGUCCGCAGGGUAUUUCAUCGUAACCAUGUCGUCGUCUCCACGAGGAAUUGCGAGCGGAGACAUGUCUAGUCUAGGGAUGUGUUCAAAGGCAGUGGCAUCCCUCCAAGGUAGUAUCGUCGAUAUUGAGGUCGUAACCAAGACUACAAUGAUCGGUGCUACCACUGAACCCAAGCUUCUACAAGGUGCUGGCAAAGACCGGGCUUUCGGGUCCACUGCGCUCUUUCUAUCAAGCAGCCUCGUUAUCCCAACAAACAUGAUGGUGUUUGUCAUAGUUGUUUUGUCAAAUGCGGAAGGAAGGAAGCUGAGGAAGGCCGGCGCACAGACCAGCAUGGAAGAUGACAGCACCGCGUCACAACACAACGACAUUGGAUUACCGACGAGGCUGUAUAUCAACGAGCGCCAUGUGUACCGCAUCAGGAUAUACCGUCUAUAUCAUCUCCUUCUUAUUAGAAGAUCCCUAGAUCCAAACCUUACGGCCGCCACGAAGAUCCAUCUAGACAUUCCUGGAUGCUCCACAGAUUAUCGGGGCCAUUCUACCAUAUAUUCAAUAAUACCUCCUACCAGAGAAUCAACUAAUUGCCGGCGUUCGACUAGACUAGCUCUCGCUGCUCCUAAGAAUACAACUUCGCCCGCCGAAUCGGUCAUGAAAAUGUUCGCUUAUAUCAAUCCUCACUGCCUUCCUCUAGUCACUAGUGAUAAGGGCCGUAUCCAUUCUCAACCAGCUGCAUACGGCAUAAAAGACUAUACUUACACAUUGCCUGCUAGCGCCAAUCUAUCUCUCGCGAAUGCUAGUAUUCCGGUCGUUUCGAACGAAUCUUAUAUUGGGAAAAAGAAGGGUUAUACAACCAGGCUCGUCCCUGAGUUGACCACGGUCCAGCCACGGGCAGACAACCGCCCUCGUCCGCUGAGCUACUUUGUUCAGUCGCUACCGCAAGAACUCUUCGAUCUCAUCUACGAAGCAACCUUCACUGUCGCGCCCGGAACUCUGAUGCUCAGCGAGCAAUCUCGCGCUAACAUGCCCAGGAGCCUCAUGCAAAUUGACCGCUAUUCCCGCGCCAAGGUCGCCGAGCAAUACUACGCCAACACUAUCAUUGCGACGAGCUAUACUCACAUGGAAGACCUACUCGCUAUCAUGACGCCGCAGCACAAGAGGUUCUUGCGCUUGAUUUAUGUCGUUAUACCCUGGCCCGAGGCGCCCACCAAUCGACUCGAGGCGAUCCGACUAGCAAUGAUGCGAGUAAUUGUAGAGCACCGGCUCACUUCUCACUGGCUUUGCCGCUAUGCGAGGACUAUCUUCGCAAGGUUAAGAUCAUUACCAAGAUUGAGAAUAGCACGCUAA